CGAGCUUCUUUCUGGUAUUUAGUCCUACAACCGCAAGUCUCUCUCUCGGCUCUCGCCAUGGCCAACCUCAACAACGCUUCGUGGUCCAGCGGCCUCUGCGGCUGCACCCACGACGUCCGCAGCUGCUGCCUGACGCUCUUCUGCCCGUGCAUCGUCUUCGGGAGAAUCGCCGAGAUCGUCGACAAGGGAGCCACAUCUUGCUGUAAGAGCGGCACGGCGUACACGCUGCUGGCCACGGCGACGGGGCUGGGCGGCUGCCUCUACUCCUUCGGCUACCGCUCCAGGCUGCGGGAGCAGUACGGGCUGGAGGAGAAGCCCUGCGGCGACUGCUGCGUCCACUGGUUCUGCGAGCCCUGCGCCCUCUGCCAGGAGUACCGCGAGCUCCAGACCCGCGGCUUCGACAUGGCCCUCGGGUGGCAAGGGAACAUGGAGAGGAUGGGCAAGAGCGGUGCGACCGCCGCACCGCGGACGCACCAGGGGAUGACUCGCUAGCUAGUGUGUCCGCAUGCGCCGCUCAAUCAAACGCAUGCAUGCAUUGCAUGCUCAGUGAUAGCUCUCAGUUCAAAAUAAAGAAUGUCAGUCUAGCUACACCAGCGUCUGCUUUUGUCAUGUCGCGAGUCAAUUUUGUCUUUGUGACCGAUCGAUGUGUGUGCCUUGCUGUUGCAAGAGUCGUUUUUCAUACCUCCACCCCCACCAUGUAUCUGUGAUGUUUUUGAAGACAUUUGAAUAAGACCAUAAUGAUUACUCGG